GGGAGGGGAGGGGAGAAGAUGGGGCGGUUGUCCAACCCCCGUGGAGAGUGUAUAAAAAGCGUCCACUCUGGGGAAAAGCCAUCGUCCUCGGCUCAGGCCCAACCAAGCUCCUGUCUGCACCUGCUUGCCACCUCGCUCUCACCAUGAGUUCUCGCCUGCAGAGUUCCUCUGCCAGCUAUGGAGGUGGUUUUGGGGCUGGCUCUUGCCAGCUGGGAGGAGGCCGCAGUAUCUCUACCUGCUCCACCCGUGUUGUCUCUGGGGGAUCAGCUGGGGGCUAUGGGAGUGGCAUAAGUUGUGGCUUUGGUGGAGGGGCUGGUAGUGGCUUUGUAGGUGGCUUUGGAAGUGGCUUCGGAGGUAGCUUCGGAGGUGGCUUCGGAGGUGGCUUCGGAGGUAGCUAUGGUGUCGGUUUCAAUGGUGGCUUUGGUGGUGGCGAUGGCAGCCUCCUCUCUGGCAACGAGAAGAUCACCAUGCAGAACCUCAACGAUCGCCUGGCUUCUUACCUGGAGAAGGUGCGUGCCCUGGAGGAGGCCAAUGCCGACCUGGAGGUGAAGAUCCGUGACUGGCACUUGAAGCAGAGUCCGACCAGCCCGGAGCGUGACUACAGCCACUACUACAAGAUCAUCGAGGAGCUCCGGGACAAGAUCCUGGCAGCCACCAUCGACAACAACCGGGUCCUUCUGGAGAUUGACAAUGCCAGGCUGGCUGCAGAUGACUUCAGGCUCAAGUAUGAGAAUGAGCUGGCCUUGCGCCAGAGCGUGGAGGCCGACAUCAAUGGCCUGCGCAGGGUGCUGGAUGAGCUGACCUUAUCCAAGACUGACUUGGAAAUGCAGAUUGAGAGCCUGAAUGAGGAGCUGGCAUACAUGAAGAAGAACCAUGAGGAGGAGAUGAAGGAGUUCAGCAAGCAGGUGGUAGGCCAGGUCAACGUGGAGAUGGAUGCCACUCCGGGCAUCGACUUGACCCGAGUGCUGGCAGAGAUGAGGGAGCAGUAUGAAGCCAUGGCAGAGAAGAACCGCCGGGAUGCUGAGGAAUGGUUCCACAGCAAGAGUGUAGAGCUGAACAAGCAGGUGACUUCCAGCACCGCCAUGAUACAGACCAGCAAGACGGAGAUCACAGAGCUCAGGCGCACGCUCCAGGGCCUGGAGAUAGAGCUGCAGUCUCAGCUUAGCAUGAAAGCUGGGCUAGAGAGCUCGGUGGCAGAGACAGAGUGCCGCUACGCCCUGCAGCUGCAGCAGAUCCAGGGGCUCAUUAGUGGCAUCGAGCAGCAGCUGAGCGAUCUCCGCAGCGAGAUAGAGUGCCAGAACCAGGAGUACAAGGUGCUGCUGGACAUCAAGACCCGACUGGAGCAGGAGAUCGCCACCUACCGCAGCUUGCUCGAGGGCCAGGACGCCAAGUAG